AUGUACGACUCGAUACUCGUCCCAGUUAUAGGGGCGAUAUCCUUGGUGCUAGCUCUUCUCACAGUCAUCUAUCGACUAUAUGCCCAUCCACUGGCGGGAUUUCCUGGUCCAAAGCUCGCAGCUGCCACGUUUCUCUACGAAUUCUACUAUGACAUUAUCAAGGGUGGGAUGUACAUUUGGGAAAUUGAGCGGAUGCAUGAAAUAUAUGGUCCAAUUGUCCGUAUCAAUCCUCGAGAGCUACAUAUCAAAGACCCAUCAUAUUACGAUAUAAUCCAUGCUGGCGGGUCUCGUAAACGAGCCAAAGAUCCCAGAUACGCCGUGGCUUUCGGGGCACCAAACUCUCUCGUUGGAACCAUCCACCAUGAUCACCACCGCCUUCGUCGCAGCUACUUGAGCAAUUACUUUUCGAAGCGGUCCAUAGCCAAUCUAACACCGUACAUUCAUCAGAAAGUGGAUCAAUUAAUCCACCGUUUCGAGAAUGCCUACAAUCAUUCCACAGUCCUGCACUUACAACUGGACUUUGCUGCCCUCACCGCAGACGUGAUCACACAGUAUUGCUAUGGCUGGAGCUAUGGAUACCUGGAUGACCCCAAUAGUGCACAAAGCAACGACCUAGUUGACGCCGUCGCAGGUUUAAUGGCAAUGUUCCAUAUCAACCGCUUCUUCCCUUUCCUGAUUACCAUCUUCCUGGCCGCGCCGCCAGCAGUCGUUCGCUUAUUACAACCGCAAAUGGCCAGUCUAUUUGAUGUCAAAGCUAGACUGCGCCGACAAGCCGAGGAUGUUGUCAAGAAGAAAACGGCCGAAAAUUCCGACUCUUGUGUAAACGAUACUAUCUUCGAUGCCUUGGUGAGUCCAAGCGUGCCGCCUCAUGAGAAAUCGCUGGAUAGGCUAGAGGAUGAGUCUGCAUUGCUGCUUGGAGCCGGCACGGAGACUACUGCCAGGGCUAUUGCGGUCUCGAUGUUUCAUCUCAUGAACAAUCAAGAGAUGGGACUGAAACUGCGUGAGGAACUGAAAACUGUGUUGAAGUCUCCACAGUCUAAAGCUUCAUGGACUGAUCUUGAGAAAUUGCCAUAUCUGACUGGUGCUGUCAAUGAAGGCCUGCGCCUCAGUCAUGGUAUGACGGCUCGUCUAGCUCGGAUCUCGCCCACUGAGCCUAUGGUCUACAAGGACUGGCUCAUUCCACGUGGAACCCCCAUCAGCCAGUCAAACUAUUUCGUACACAUGGAUGCAAAUCUAUUCCCUGAGCCAGAAAAGUUCGACCCCGAGCGAUGGGUUCGUGCUUCGGAAAAAGGCCAGCAUCUUAGCCGAUUCAUCGUCGCAUUUACCAAGGGAAGUAGACAGUGUCUGGGAAUCAAUCUUGCCUAUUCAGAGAUAUACAUAACUCUAGCCCACAUUGUUCGACGUUUUGACUUUGCACCAUUUGAGACCACCGCUGAGGACCUGGCUGUAUACCGAGAACAAGGUGUUGGCUUGCCAAAGCGUGGGUACUUUGGUGUCAAAGCCAUUGUUACCAGUAUUGUGGAGGAAUGA